UUUUAAUUUGCAGUUUCCAAUUCAAUAUUAUCCUUUUUUAUUAAAAUCUUCAUUCUACAUAAACAUAAUAUAUAGUAAUAUUAUACUUUCAGAAUGUAUACCAAAGCAUCUAAUCUUUAAAAUACCAACAACAAAAUCAUAAGAAGUGAUAACAUAUCAUUUGUAAUUUGUAAAUAGUACUGAUUCAUAUCUUAUCUGUCUCAGUGACAAAUACUAAAAAGUUAUAUGAAAAAUAAUAUGAAAUUAACAUACUUUUUACCUUUGAACAGUUUCAACACAAAAAUUAUAUGAUUAAUACAUUUAUAGAGUUAAAUAAUUGUACUUCAAAAUACUAACAAAUCUUAAAAUUGAAGUUACACUAUUAUUUUUGAAUGUGUUUCGUAUAAUAUAAUGCCAAGCAGCGUAAAUUCCUUCCGAUCGACAUCGUCUUUGACAUAUUUACCUUCACCAGUAACACAGCGAACAUGUAUGAGUGCUGCUGUGAAACGCUACCGCUACUUGCGGAAGUUAACAAACUUUAAACAAAUGGAUUUUGAGUUUGCACUCUGGCAAAUGACAUUUUUGUUUAUCAACCCUCAGAAAGUAUAUCGAAACUUUCAACACAGAAAAGAAACAAAACUACAAUUUGCUCGUGAUGACCCUGCAUUUUUGGUGCUUUUAAGUGGACUCCUAUGCGUUUCAUCAAUAGCGUUUACUUACGUCUUAAGACUUGGCUUCGUUGAAUUUUUAAAAUUUCUAUUAUAUAUUGUAACAGUUGACUGUUUGUUAUCUGGUGUCAUAAUAAGUACUGUGUUAUGGUUAGUUGCCAACAGAUAUUUAAUUAAAUCUAACUACAAAGGACAAGAUGUUGAAUGGGCUUAUGCAUUUGAUAUACAUUUAAAUGCUUUUGUUCCAACAUUAGUAAUAUCUCAUAUAUUUCAACUGUUUUUCUAUCACAUAUUUCUCAGACACGAUUGGUUCUUACCAUUAUUUAUUGGCAAUACACUAUGGCUUAUAGCAAUUGGUUAUUAUCUGUAUAUAACAUUUUUAGGAUACAGCUGUUUACCCAUUUUGCAAAAAACUGAAGUAUUAUUGACUCCAUUUAUUCUGCUGUUUUUUUUAUAUAUAUUGUCAUUUGCAAUAAAUUGGAAUAUAAGCGACAAUGUCAUGUCCAUAUACAAGUACAGAAUUCUAUAAAACUGAAAUAUAUUAUGCAUUCUUUUUAAUUCUAUAAAAAAAAAUUUAUUUUUCCAAUUAUAUGUUUAUAGAAAUUUUAUGUGUAUAUAUUUAUAAUACAUAUUAUGUCAACCUAUUUAUAUAACAUUUUUGUAUAAACACGUACUAUUAUUAAUUUUUUUAUGAUUUUUUAUAUAUGUACAAAAUACCUAACCUUAACAUAAUUUUGGUAAAUUUACACUUGUUACACAUUAA